AGUUCGGCGUCCAUUUGGCAGAGCUGACAGUGGAUCCGCAGGGAGCCCUGGCCAUCCGGCAGCUAGCAUCCGUCAUUUUGAAACAAUACGUGGAAACUCACUGGUGUUCUCAGUCAGAAAAGUUUAGACCUCCAGAGACCACAGAGAGGGCAAAAGUUGCUAUUAGAGAGCUCCUACCCAAUGGGCUGAGAGAAUCCAUCAGCAAAGUGCGCUCGAGUGUUGCCUACGCAGUGUCAGCGAUCGCCCACUGGGACUGGCCCGAAGCCUGGCCUGAGCUCUUCAACCUCCUGAUGGAGAUGCUGGUUAGUGGAGACGUGAACGCGGUGCACGGAGCCAUGAGAGUGCUGACAGAGUUCACGCGGGAAGUGACGGACACGCAGAUGCCGCACGUUGCUCCUGUUAUUCUUCCAGAGAUGUACAAAAUCUUCACAAUGGCUGAGGUGUAUGGUAUUCGCACGAGGUCGCGUGCGGUGGAGAUAUUUACCACGUGUGCCCAUAUGAUCUGUAACAUGGAGGAACUGGAAAAGGGUGCAGCCAAGGUCCUGAUAUUCCCUGUGGUGCAGCAGUUCACAGAGGCCUUUGUUCAGGCCCUGCAGAUGCCUGAUGGUCCCACAUCAGACAGUGGAUUUAAGAUGGAAGUCCUGAAAGCUGUGACGGCCCUGGUGAAGAACUACCCGAAGCACAUGGUUUCCUCAAUGCAGCAGAUCCUGCCCAUUGUCUGGAACACCCUUACAGAGAGUGCUGCCUUUUAUGUGAGAACAGAAGUAAAUUAUACGGAAGAGGUGGAGGAUCCUGUGGAUUCUGAUGGUGAAGUAUUGGGAUUUGAAAACCUGGUGUUCAGCAUAUUUGAGUUUGUUCACGCCUUGUUGGAAAACAACAAAUUUAAGAGCACAGUGAAGAAGGCUUUGCCAGAGCUGAUCUACUACAUCCUUCUCUACAUGCAGAUCACAGAGGAGCAGAUAAAGGUUUGGACUGCAAAUCCCCAGCAGUUUGUGGAGGAUGAAGAUGAUGAUACUUUUUCCUAUACAGUGAGGAUUGCUGCUCAAGAUCUGUUGCUGGCUGUGGCUGCUGAUUUCCAGAACGAGAGUGCAAGCGCUUUGGCUGCAGCAGCCACGAGGCACUUACAGGAAGCUGAGCAGGCCAAGAACAGCGGCGCUGAGCACUGGUGGAAAAUACACGAGGCUUGUAUGCUGGCCCUGGGCUCUGUGAAGUCCAUUAUUACAGACAGCGUGAAGAACGGCCGAAUACAUUUUGAUAUGCACGGCUUCCUGACCAACGUUGUUCUUGCAGACCUCAACCUUUCAGUGUCUCCUUUUCUCCUGGGCCGGGCUCUCUGGGCCGCCAGCCGCUUCACGGUGGCCAUGUCCCCAGAGCUCAUCCAGCAGUUCCUGCAAGCUACGGUCAGCGGCCUGCACGAAACCCAGCCGCCUUCUGUCCGGAUCUCUGCAGUCAGAGCUAUCUGGGGCUACUGUGACCAGCUGAAGAUCUCUGAGAGCACCCAUGUGUUGCAGCCUUUCCUUCCCAGCAUUCUUGAUGGGCUGAUCCACUUGGCAACGCAGUUCAGCUCCGAGGUCCUCAACCUGGUGAUGGAGACGCUGUGCAUUGUGUGCACGGUGGACCCGGCUUUUACAGCGAGCGUGGAGAACAAGAUCUGCCCCUUCACAAUCGCCAUCUUUCUGAAGUACAGCAAUGAUCCAGUUGUUGCUUCUCUUGCCCAAGAUAUCUUUAAGGAGCUAGCUCAGAUAGAAGCCUGCCAGGGUCCAAUGCAGAUGAGGCUAAUACCAACUCUUGUCAGCAUCAUGCAGGCCCCUGCUGACAAGAUCCCAGCAGGGCUUUGUGCAACUUCUAUUGAUAUAUUAACCACAGUUGUGAGGAACACAAAACCUCCUCUGUCCCAGCUCCUCAUCUGCCAAGCAUUCCCUGCAGUGGCUCAGUGCAGCCUGAACACAGAUGACAAUGCUACCAUGCAGAAUGGUGGCGAGUGCCUGCGUGCGUACGUCUCAGUGGCAUUGGAGCAGAUUGCACAGUGGCACGACGAGCAAGGCCACAAUGGGUUGUGGUACGUGAUGCAGGUGGUGAGCCAGCUUCUAGAUCCAAGGACCUCGGAGUUCACUGCUGCCUUUGUGGGCAGGCUGGUCUCCACUUUAAUUUCCAAAGCAGGGAGUGAGCUGGGAGAGAACUUGGACCAGAUCCUGAGAGCCAUCCUGAGCAAAAUGCAACAAGCAGAGACGCUCAGUGUGAUGCAGUCCUUGAUUAUGGUGUUUGCUCAUUUGGUUCACUCGCAACUGGAACCACUCCUCGAGUUCCUGUGCAGCCUCCCUGGACCAACGGGCAAGCCUGCCCUGGAGUUCGUGAUGGCUGAAUGGAUGAGCAGGCAGCACCUGUUCUACGGGCAGUACGAAGGCAAAGUCAGCUCAGUAGCACUGUGUAAACUCCUUCAGUAUGGCAUCAACACAGAUGACAAACGGCUUCAGGACAUCAGGGUAAAGGGAGAAGAAAUAUUUAAUAUGGAUGAGGGAAUACGGACACGAUCGAAAUCGGCCAAAAAUCCUGAACGCUGGACAAACAUUCCUUUGUUAGUAAAAAUCUUAAAAUUAAUAAUAAAUGAACUCUCUAAUGCAAUGGAAGCAAAUGCAUCUAGACAGACCACUGCAGACUGGAGUCAAGAUGAUUCGAACGAUAUGUGGGAGGACCAGGAAGAGGACGAGGAUGAAGAUGAAGGCUUAGCAGGACAGUUCUUAUCAGAUAUUCUUUCCACAAACAAGUAUGAUGAGGAUUACUAUGAAGAUGAUGAAGAGGACGAUCCAGAUGCAUUAAAGGACCCUCUUUACCAAAUAGAUCUCCAGGCGUAUCUCACUGACUUCCUGCGUCAGUUUGCACAGCAGCCCUGCUAUGCCAUGUUUUCAGACCACCUCAAUGAGAAUGAAAAGCGAGUGUUGCAGGCCAUUGGCAUAUAAACCCACUCAAGACAGCACACUGAUCAUAUCUGAACCAUGUUUCCUGGCUUAUUCCAUGUUUUAUGAUUAAACAUAAAACAUUCUCCGGUGUCCACCUGCUUGUUCCAGGUGGGCGAUGGGCCUCGUGGCGACGCAUUGAGCCUCAUCUUAACAAAUCUGCUAAGGGAAGGAAUACUCAGAAAGCAGCAGAGACGGAAGUCUACAGAGCUUUGCACAUUGGUCUCACCAUGGGAGCACUUUCAUUUUCCACAGUAACUUUCCAGGAAGUUCUUAGAAAAAAAGAAAAAAAAAAAAAAAGAAAAAUGUGUCCUUAAUAUUUUUAAAAGCAAACUGUCUCUACCUGUGAAGAGGCACUUAACUGAGUUUCACACAGCACAGCCGGACGGAGAAAGGAACGGGGUCACUCACAGAUUGCUUGGACGUAUCUCGAGAAAUUUGGAAGGUUAUUCCUCUUCAGGCUCAGUAACACAUACAGGGUAAAUAUCUUGAUCCUACAGUGUGACUUCUUUUUAUAGAACCAUGGACUCUUUUCAGAGAUGCCCGAAUGGUAUAGAACCUGUUUGCAGGAGUCUGGAUGGGAAGCUGACAACAAAACCAGAGCGUAUCUUCUUUCCUGUAGUGGAUGGGGCUUUGUCGCUCAGUUUACUGCCUGGCCCCACGGGAGCAGCUCUUUACUAAUGCUUUGGUGUGCACGUGCUGAAGGGAAGCUACCACUUCUCUGCUCCUGUGGCAUGAGGCUGCUAAAGGCGUCGGAUUUGUGGAACACGGCGAGCCACCAUUUGGGGGAAGAAAACCGCUUGUAUUUAACAUGUGUGCUCUGUGACAGCCACUCUGAACUACUUUGCUUCCUUCACACUCCUGUGUGUAUUUUUAUAGAGUGGUAAAAAAAACGUUUGCAAAUCGAUUUACCCAUAAGAACGGCGUGAUGUAUCUCACAACACCUCUCUGCCUUUGGUUCCCCCUUGGGGGAGAUGAAAAUAAAACUAUUAAAAUGUA